AGUAACUUUUUGCUUCACUAUACGGAAACACUUCCUGUGAAAUAUAAACUAUACUUCGUCGAGUCGACACCAUUUUAGUUUUAACGGAGAAUUAGUCAAUCGCGCACGUUUUCCGAGUGUUACUAUUUUAAGUCAACGAAGCUAAAUAUUAGACAAAAUGGCGGCAAAAGCACCCGCAGUAGGUAUCGAUUUGGGCACCACGUAUUCCUGCGUGGGUGUGUUCCAGCACGGCAAGGUCGAAAUCAUCGCCAAUGACCAGGGCAACAGGACCACGCCCUCGUAUGUCGCUUUCACAGACACCGAGCGUCUGAUUGGGGAUGCUGCCAAGAACCAGGUGGCAAUGAACCCCAACAACACAAUCUUUGACGCUAAGCGACUCAUUGGCCGCAAAUUCGAGGAUGCUACUGUACAAGCUGACAUGAAGCACUGGCCCUUCGAGGUCGUCAGUGAUGGAGGCAAACCAAAGAUAAAGGUGGCAUAUAAAGGUGAAGACAAAACUUUCUUCCCCGAGGAAGUGAGUUCAAUGGUGCUUACAAAAAUGAAGGAAACAGCCGAGGCAUACCUCGGUAAAACUGUGCAGAAUGCAGUAAUUACGGUUCCAGCAUACUUCAACGAUUCUCAAAGACAAGCCACAAAAGAUGCGGGUACCAUCUCUGGCUUGAAUGUUCUCCGAAUCAUCAACGAACCGACUGCUGCUGCGAUUGCUUACGGUCUGGACAAGAAGGGAAGUGGAGAACGCAAUGUCCUUAUCUUUGAUCUUGGCGGCGGUACCUUUGAUGUAUCCAUUCUGACCAUCGAGGAUGGUAUCUUCGAAGUAAAGUCUACCGCUGGUGACACGCACUUGGGAGGAGAGGACUUCGACAACCGAAUGGUCAACCAUUUCGUCCAAGAGUUCAAGAGGAAAUACAAGAAGGACCUUACCAUCAACAAAAGAGCACUCCGUCGUUUAAGGACAGCUUGUGAAAGGGCAAAGAGAACUCUUUCUUCAUCCACCCAGGCAAGCAUUGAAAUAGAUUCAUUGUAUGAGGGUAUUGAUUUCUAUACCUCAAUCACUAGGGCCCGUUUCGAGGAAUUGAACGCGGAUCUAUUCCGAUCCACCAUGGAGCCUGUAGAGAAGUCCCUUCGUGAUGCCAAAAUGGACAAGUCCCAAAUCCACGACAUUGUCCUUGUUGGCGGUUCCACCCGUAUCCCUAAAGUACAGAAGCUCCUUCAAGACUUCUUCAAUGGAAAGGAGCUGAACAAAUCCAUCAACCCCGAUGAGGCCGUUGCUUAUGGUGCAGCUGUCCAGGCUGCCAUUCUACAUGGUGACAAGUCUGAGGAGGUACAGGACUUGCUGUUGCUCGACGUGACUCCUCUAUCUCUCGGUAUUGAGACAGCUGGUGGUGUCAUGACCACACUGAUCAAGCGUAACACAACCAUUCCAACCAAGCAAACGCAAACCUUCACUACCUACUCGGACAACCAGCCUGGUGUGCUCAUUCAAGUAUUUGAGGGUGAGCGUGCCAUGACCAAGGAUAACAAUCUCCUCGGUAAAUUCGAACUGACAGGUAUUCCACCCGCGCCCCGCGGCGUCCCACAAAUCGAGGUCACCUUCGAUAUCGAUGCCAACGGUAUCCUAAAUGUAUCUGCAGUAGAGAAGUCCACCAAUAAGGAGAACAAGAUCACCAUUACCAACGACAAGGGCCGUCUCUCCAAGGAGGAAAUCGAGCGCAUGGUUAACGAGGCAGAGAAGUACAGGAAUGAGGAUGAGAAACAGAAGGAGACCAUCCAGUCCAAGAACGCUCUCGAAUCAUACUGCUUCAACAUGAAGUCGACCAUGGAGGACGAGAAGCUGAAGGACAAGAUCAGCGACUCCGACAAACAGACCAUCUUAGAUAAGUGCAAUGAUACUAUUAAAUGGUUGGACUCGAACCAGCUGGCUGACAAGGAGGAGUACGAACACAAGCAGAAGGAAUUGGAGGGCGUUUGCAACCCAAUCAUCACGAAGCUGUACCAGGGCGCUGGUGGUGCUCCCGGCGGCAUGCCUGGUGGUAUGCCCGGCUUCCCCGGCGGAGCUCCCGGCGCGGGUGGAGCGGCCGCGGGCGGCGGCGCCGGCCCCACCAUCGAAGAGGUCGACUAAACACAUUCCACAACUCGUCUCACGUUCCAUCCUCGCGAAUCUAUCGUUGAUUAUGAUUGCGAUGUUGGCGCUCAUAAUUUAAUUGAAAUAAAACAUUAAUCUUA